UCCACCACUAAUUUGUUGUUGCAAAAAAGUGUGUAGGUCGCCGCCAGCGAUCGAAAAUUUAAAAAUUCCAAUUGAAUUGGAUAAUUCCGGAGUUGCAAAUGCCUGAGCGUUACUUCGAGCCCCUUUCCGCACACGUAACUCGAAGUAAAUAGGUGAAAAGCAGGAAUUUCGAGAGCACUGGAAAUUCGCACUGACUGGAAAAUCAAUCGCCCGCAAUCCUAUUGUUCUGCUGGUGUGUGUACGAGUGUGCGUGUGUGUCUGUGGGGCUUUGUGAGGCGGCUGCACUUAAUUAAAAUUUAAGUCAAGACAAGCCAUUCGAAUUUGGUGUCUUUGCGGGCGUUGGCUUUCACUCUAGACGGUAGAGGCGACCCAGUGAAAGCUGGCCAAGAGCUCUUUGUUCAAGGUCGUUGGCAGUCUGGAAUUAUGGCCAUUAGCUUUGAGAAGAAUCGGUCGCAAAUAGUGGCCGCCUGGAAGGAUGUGCUCGACGACAAGAGCGAGACCAAUUGGUCCCUCUUUGGCUACGAGGGUCAGACCAACGAGCUGAAGGUCGUGGGCACCGGCGAUGGCGGCGUGGAGGAGCUGACUGAGGACCUAAACAGCGGCAAGAUCAUGUACGCCUUCGUGCGCAUCGAAGACCCCAAAACGGGCCUCAACAAGUACUUACUCAUCAACUGGCAGGGCGAGGGCGCACCUGUGCUUCGCAAGGGCACCUGCGCCAACCACAUCCGCGACGUGAGCAACCUCCUGUCCGGCGCCCACCUUACCAUCAAUGCCCGCAACGAGGAUGACAUCGAUCUGGAGCGCCUUCUCAAGAAGCUGAGCACCGUGAGCUCCGCCUACAGCUUUAAGGAGCCACGCGGCGGCAUGGAGGAACAAAAGGCGCCUGUGGGCACCAACUACACUCGGGUUAUCCCCACCAAGGAGCUGAACGCCAGCGUCAUGCAGGACUUUUGGAAAAAGGAGGAGGCCGAGGAGAAACGGCGCCAGGAGGCCGAGAAGGAGACCAAGCGGCUGGAGCUUCAGAAGCUGGAGCAAGAGCAACGCAGUCGCGAGGAAAAGGAGCACAAGGAGCGCGAGAAGCUGGUCAUAAGCACUACCAAGCUCCAGCCGGCGCAUGUUCCCAUCAAAACCUCCCCGCAGCCUCUUAGUCCGGAGAAAACAGCACCAGGAUUCUCCAACAAUCUGACCGAUGCGGAGCGCAUGCGUCAGGCGAGGAACCAGGAGGCCCGCGAAUUGAUUGGCUCGCGUGUGGGAGCUGCGAAGGCCAUGUUUACCAAGCACACCAGCGAAGGACAGCUUCAGUCCAAACUAAACACGCAACCGCCGGCCAAGCCAGCACGCAAUUCCAUUGCCCAGCGCAUCAACGUUUUUAACCAGAAUCAGCCUCAAGAUGCACCUGUGCCUUCACCACCACGCGCUGUGUCCCCUGCCAAACCGCUGCCGGUGGAGACUCCGGCACCAGAACCCAUUGCCCCCGCUGUUGCUGCUACGGUGACUGCCGCUCCGGUAGCUGCCGAAGUGGUCUCCACAAUAGCAGAGGUGGAGGAGUCUCAGCCGAUUGACGACCUACCACUGGCCCACGAAAGUGAGCAGUUCUCCACCAUCAAGCGGUCGCCGCACAGUAAAACCAACUCACUGCAGUCGCAGUCUCCCGACGAGACCACCUCAUCCAAUGAGACGGACACCGCAGUGUACCAGGAGCAGGAAGAAGAGGUCCGCACCAAAGUGUCGGUCACCGUGCAGCAAUCGCAGUCGGCCAAGACGAGCGGGCUGAGCACACUGGAGAGGAAUGCUCUGACGGAUUUGGUCAACGAGGACGAUUUUAUUUGCCAGGAGACCCUCGGCGAUCUUGGACUGCGAGCCCGAGCCCUGUACGAUUACCAGGCAGCCGACGAGUCGGAGAUCACCUUUGACCCCGGCGAUGUAAUUACCCAUAUCGAUCAAAUCGAUGAGGGUUGGUGGCAGGGACUGGGCCCUGAUGGAACCUAUGGACUGUUUCCGGCAAACUAUGUCGAGAUCAUCAACUAGGGUCGGACCCAAGUGCCAAGCAGCUGGGACGCCCUUUUGCUAGAUAUCUACACCAACGCAGCUAGCCACUAUAUUUUGGAUCCGGACUAUAGCUACUUAAACACUUUUACCCCUACUCUUGAACAAUAAUGCGAUAGUGCGAUACACCUAAAAGAGAUUCAACGAGAUGACUAAAUGCGACUAUAAGAUUUUUAUCGUACAUCACGCGUCUGUUUUUUAUCUACAUACAUAUUAUUAUAUAACGUAUACUCCAUGCCACAUAAUGCAACCCAUUCAUUCGUUGUUCCCAUCUGUAUACAUAUUAUAUCAUUGUUUGGCCUCGGUUGCCGAGGCCGUGUUGCGUCCUUUUAAAAUGUUCUUAAGACACAUACAGAGUAACCACUUAGUCAGUAUUUAAGGCCCGCUCCAUACCCGAAACGAGGGUUCUUUUGUAUAUGUAUUAUUGAUUGAGAUUUAUAACCUUUUCGAUAAUAAACUUUGAUAAUUGUGCAACGGAAAAAGAAAA